GUGGAUUGAUUGCAAUCACAUUGCGGACAAUGAAUAAGUAGAAGCGUCAUUGCACCUGCCAGCAUUUUCACAAUUCAGACAACAAGGUGUGUCAAACCGGCAUUGACCAAAACACACUAGCUGAGUGUUCCAACGUCUUCUCAGAAGGCAUAUCGACCAUUUCAACACAAACAUGUAUUCGAUCAUCAGUUCAGUGGUAAUCCUUUACAUUUGUUUCGCAGUUGAUACAACCUUGGCGGCAGAAAACGCUUACAUCGUGGUUGAGCUGCCAGAUAUUCCAUGUAAAGAUUCAUCGAGCGCCAUUUCUACGUGUUCGGGUUCGUUAGGCUACAAGAUACCAGAUUUUAGCAACUUUCCAAAUCCCCCCGAUCUUUCAACAGUCAGGAACAAUAUUCCUUCCAUUGUCAGUGUUUUUGGUUUACAUGGCGAGAAAUGCAGUAAAGCCGGAACGAAAUACUUUUGCCAAAUAGCAUACCCAUUUCGUUGCAAAGAUGCGUAUGUCGAGAUUGAUCUCAAGGAGUUAGAAGCUUCAUGCGACGAAGGCAGAAAAGACUGUUCCAGUUUAAACUCGUUGUUCAAUUGCUCUAGCCUUGCCAAUGACACUAACUUGCAAACGAAAUUUCCACGAAAGCUAGCUUGCAACGUUUUCCCUGUUCUCAAAAAUGACCCUUAUUCUUGCGAGGCUAACUAUAAGGUAGGUUGAAAUGUUUCCAUUUUAAGGCCGAAGUACAGUGGCCGAAGUAGCCUGUGUACACUGAAUGAAUGCGAAAUAAGUAUAGGUUAUUUUGAGGCAACGAGGGGAUAUGUGAUUUAUUCACCGAGGCGCGCAACGCCGAGGUGAAUAAACACAUAUCCCCGAGGUGCCUCAAAAUAACGUACUUAUUUUUCACACUGCGAGGUCGGGUUAAUGAGUCAGAAAAGAAAUAAUUCUUAAUGCCAUAUUGCCUUCGCGAUGUUGUUUUUUCUCAUUUUUUGUGCGGCAAAGACAUUGCAGGUGAAUAUUAGAGGGGAUUAUUAAUUGCAGGUGAAUAUUAGAGGGGAUUAUUAAACGGAAAUUGAUUAGAGUGGAAUAUUGAAUAUAUUCCCCGCUAAGAACAAAGGAAACCGAGCAGGGUGAAAAAUAACUAAUGAGAAUGUACUGCAUUAUCGACAUUAAUGCCGAUCUGAAGUUUACAUGCAUUACCCUUGGGCAUAGCCAUAGGCUGCGUCAGUAAAAUUUUCCGAGUACAUUAUACUUAUAAGGCGCAUGGUUUUGCCGCUGAGCUAACCAGCUCGCUGAAAUUCAUUGCAAAAUAACCUUUUUAUAUUGCUGAAAUGAUAUAGGAGUUAUUUAUAUUAUGAUUUAUGAGUACUAUAAUGACUGCUGGGCAUCUAGACACAGUGUUAAAAAUAUCAACGUCACUGAUACGAAAAUUAGUGAACUAAUGGACAUUGCCCAAGGACAAGUUGAUUAAAUAAUGGUUAAAUUUGGAUGAAAAUUGGCUGAGAAAUAGCAAACGUUUGUCUUGCUUCGCCGGUGCCAGAGGAGAUCGAGACUGUUCGUUUCGCCCCCAACUCAAAGUCGUUUCGCCCCCAAUUUAAAGUCGUUUCAGCUUAGCCAUAUGAUCAUUCAUAUAUAUGAUCAUAUCAUAAGGAAUCAGAACGCUUUCUAAGUGUUUAUGUUGACUCAUAGUUAAUAGAAUAGAUGGUUUGGAAACUCAUUAGAAUAACAAUAUUAACGGCUUAUUGACCGAGCGUGAGGUCUGUACUGUGAAACAAAGUCAAAGAAACGUCUCAAGGCCAUGUCACACGGUGCAUUUUUUCUUGCAACUUGCAAAUGAUGCAAUUCCACUCUUGAGAGAUGUUAAUUAGCGAAAUCUGUGAAGAAUUUUCGAUAUGUUGAGAAAACAUCAGCGGAGUGUAAUGAAGACUCGUAUUUGGUAAUUUUAGAUCUCUCAAGAGUAGAAUUGCAUUGCAAGUUGCAAGAAAAAUUGCACCGUGUAACAUGGCCUUUAGUGACUUAGAGGUUUAAUUCCGCGAUAAACGAAUCUGAACCAGUCUAAAUUUUGCGGAGCCAAGAGAGCGCGUGGUACACAUUGCCACUGGAAAAUUGUUUUCAAAUUAAGGGAUGCAUAAUUAAGGAAUGCAUAGGGAUAAGUGUCUUACAUUUUCACGGUAUACAGCCCGCGUGUUAAACGAGAAUCGUAAAUAAAAGCCAUUGAUAAAAGCCUUUGCCACGCAGUCAUGCACGUGACCAGAAAAUUCCCGCGAAAUUGCCGAUGUUCCCAUUUAGCUAUUUCGUCUAAGAGCAGGAAGCAACAAAAUCUUUAUUGCCAUGCAAAUGGUUGCUACUUUUUAGGUAUAUAGUGAAAAUGUGACAGAGUUGAACAUGGCAGCGAACAGGAUCGCAUUUGUUCAUAUGAUGUUGAAGAAUUCCAACAUACCCGAUGCUGAAUGUGAAAAGAAUCUUGCUGACGUAGUGUGUAAAGUUUCAAUUCCUGCUUGUUCCAAAGAUCAGACAAAGAUCGUAUCCCUCCUCAGCAAGCAAGAUUGUCGUAAAAUUGUUGGAUGGUGAGUAUCGUAUGACGAAAUGUCCCAACAGCAGUUGGUGCUUACGUCCCUGGUACAAUAAAUACCCACUGAUCUGUGCGAGGAUCCUUUUGAAUUCAAUGAGCCAAUUUUGAAGCUGAAUAUUUAUCAAUGAGAAGUGAUUUUUAAAUCUGUCAAUUACUUCAAAAGAUAUAGCUUCCAGCAUAUCUUGCAACAACUUUUAGAACGUUUAAUACGCUACUAGAUAAUGAGACAAUAGAUAGUCUCUUCUACACGCGUAAAAAUUGAGAAAAUCAACAACUUGUUGCAAGUUGAUAUCGACAGGCGUGAACAAGGUUGUGCGGCCCACUAUGAACAGUAUUGUCAACAUGUUGUUACAGCAUUGUUCAACUGUAACAACUUGGAAGUUGGAACAACAUGGUUGACAACUUGUUCAUAUAUAUAGUUGGCCGCACAACAUUGUUCACGCCUGUCGAUAUCAACUUGCAACAACCUGUGCGAUUUUAGCCGUGUAACAUGUCAGCAAAACCACAGUAAAUUUCGGUGGUGGUCACACUAAUUUAUAUGGCCGCCAUUGGCCCCAUUUAUGCUUAGCGGAUUCACUAUCCAGUCCUAGUUUUCAGAUCAAUGUAAAUACGUCACUGGUACUCCAAUGGCUAUAUUGCCAAUUAACCAAAAUUUUGAUCUCAACAAGUCUAGACAAAAUUCCAUCAUAGCAUGAAAGAGCAUCACAAAAUUAGUAAUAUUCCAAAGUUGUGUUGCGAAAUGUUGUAAAAUGCGGAUAAUAUAGCCUUGCGAAAUUUGCAAUUUUCAGACAUUUUAGAUUACAAACGGAAAAUGGUUACCACUUUUGCAAAAUUUUGAUCUUAACAAGCCUAAACAAAAAUUUCAUCACAGCUUGAAAGAGCAUCACAAAAUUAGUAAUAUUCCAAAGUUUCGUUGCAAAAUGUUGUAAAAUGCGGAUAAUAUAGCCUUGCGAAGUUUGUAAUUUUCAGUCAUUUUGUAUUACGCACAGAAGUGGUAACCAUUUUCCGUUUGUAAUCUAAAAUGACUGCAGAAAAUUGCAAACUUCGCAAGGCUAUAUUAUCCGCAUUUUACAACAUUUUGCAACGAAACUUUGGAAUAUUACUAAUUUUGUGAUGCUCUUUCAAGCUGUGAUGAAAUUUUUGUCUAGACUUGUUGAGUUCAAAAUUUUGGUUAAUUGGGGAAUGGUCCAUUCAAUGGGACUUAUGCAGGUUUCCGUUCAAUUUCCAGGAAUUUCAGUUGCAAUACUGGAAGUUUUAUAUGUUGUUUAUAUCAUUAUUACAAUACUGCGGUCUAGAAAAAUAAAAGUGCUGACGUCAGCAUUAUUUUCGAACGCCUUCAGAAACUGUGUUAUACAGUAUAACACAGUUUCUGAAGGCGUUCGUCAGCACUUUUAUUUUCCAAGACGCUGAAUCUAGCACACUACAUAUAGUAACUUGUAUUUUCUUGCAAAUGUAGUGUCAACAAAACAAAUAAUGCCAACUUGAUACAGACAUCCCACAGUGCAUGUGACAGCUUACCAGAUGGUACAAUAGCAAAGAAAUAUUCCCUGGAUAAUGUCUACGACAAUAAAGCAGCUGGUCCAGCCAUGGCAUUCAGCACAAUUUUGUUCUUUGCCACCCUUGUCAAUCCAAGUUUCUUCUAGGUAUAUAGAAUAAACGUUUUUCAUGACGAGUAGCAGCUAACCAGGAAAGCAGUUAGGCAGAAAAUUUAAUUAAUUAAACACGUUUUUUGAGGUUAAACAAGUUUUUGACCAUGACCAAGUUCCAAUCAUGUCCCGUGUACAGUCAAGCUAAGUAUUGAUAUUUCUUGACCAUCAAGUUUCAGCGAAGUGGUACGAGAUUGCGAUGUUGGAAAUAACUGAACUCAAAUUCUUGCUGCGAUUUUCUUCUUCUGAUAUAUUUGAACGACUGGGGAAGAUGUAAAUGUUCAGAUGAGGGAACACAUCAUUCUUCAGAACAUUCACAACUCAUCUACUCCAUCACAUCCACUGGCAGAAGAAAAUCGCACUAAAAAUCACAUCAAAAAUUGCGAGUGUAAACGGGCCUAAGGCUCUUUUCCAUGUACUCAUCGCAAUAGUCAACCGGCGCAAGCACGCAGUGAGAGUCUUUAAAUAGGACCACACUAUUAGUUUCGACUUCAAUUAUUCCCAAGUAAGCUUGUCUAUGACAGAUGAAACUGUUAGACUUUUUAUUUUCAUUUCAAAGGAAGUUUUUUCAAACAAGGCUUUUAUCCUUGCAUGAUAGAAGAUACAUUUUGUUAUAGUUUUAGCUGCUAUACCUUCAAGAAAAACGUCACGUCGAAGCAGGGAUUGAACAUUAUGGAACAUUUUUGCACAAAAUUGUUUUAUUAAGAUUAGACUGUAUAGUGUACUGAGUAAAAUAGAUUUGGCACGGCUUUAACGUUAUGAAGCAUUUUUGCAUUGAAUUGUUUUGUUACCGUUCUGGGCAAGAACUUUUAGUUGAUUCGCAUGGACUGUUAAUGCAUUAUCGAGUUAUAGUUGUAGUUUAUCUGCAUGGAUUGAUAUUAGUUUUGUUUGCAUAUUUAAAGGUUGUUGUGUUAUAUAUCAUGUAGAUUAAUUGUUGAUUCACAGUGGCACGUAUACUUGUGAGGGUAUUUAUUUUAUUGUUUCACUUCGAUAUUCUUGCAGCCUCUCAUUAGCCCCC